UACACAAAAUAUCCUAAAGACUAUCAAUGUGAAGAGGUGGCAGCAGCACUGACAAGGACCCAUCCUUGUUUAGGGCAGCUAGGAUCUAAGACAGGAUUUUGGGGAUGGAAGCAAUCUCUGAAGUACAAAAUGCAAAACUAUCGAACAAAGCUUGGGCGGCUUGGUGAUCCUGAAAUCCGUGUGAAUUCCUUAAAGCACAAACGGGAAGGCCAAGGAAAAACUGCUGCCAACAUCAAAAAACCAAGAAAGGCCGAGGUCUAUUAUGUCCCUUUACCCCCAAAAGGUGAAAGCACUGAAAGCUUGGAAACUGAAAGAGUGGCUCUACUCUCAGAAAUCAAAAAGCGAGACAAUGAAGCAGUGAUAAAAGCAAAAAUGGAAAGAACCUUCUCCCAUAGACGACUAGAGAUUGUGGAACAGAGGCCGAUGAUCAGAGAUUUCAUGAACAGAUGGCCUGCCCUUUUCAAGGAAAGUGAAGUGAAUGCAGAGUUCCUGCGGAUCACUACAAAACCCCUGCAGGCAAAGUUCUUGGCUCAGCUGGACAAUUUAACAGACAAGCUGAUGAAAAUUUUGGAGGGGAGCAAAGGAGCAAAGGGCCAAAAGAUCAAGGAUAUCAUGGCGAUCAGUAGUUUGAAGAAAGGCGUUCAGGAGCCAGAGGAUGUUGGAGUUGUCAUUGAAGGUACUACAGUUAUGAACAACCUCGGUAGUGUCAUCAUGGCAUUCAUCGUCCUCUUUGGACUGAUUUAUGCACUUGAUCUGAGCUAUCCAAAUGACCUCAAGUACACUUUCGAGUUUUGUCAGAAGAUUUUAAUGAAUCUGGAUGGACAAAGGCUCAGUACAAAGAUGCAGCAAAUGAAAUUGAAGAUGUUUGCUUAG